AUGGUCCCUGAUAUACAUCCUGAAGAUCCUAAAAAUUCUAUUCCUAAAAAUCAGAUUGAAUUUAGACAAAGACUUUUAAAAGGCCCAUUUCAACCUGUAUUGGACAUUUUUCCGAGAACCAGUUUUAGUGGCGUAAAACGUAGUUUUCAGAAGUCAUGGUACCAACAGUUUACUUGGUUAGAGUAUAGCCCAAAGGAUGAUUUAGCGUUUUGCUUCCCUUGUCGGAUGUUUAGCGGAUCAACGGGACUUAAUAUUGGACAAUCAGAAUUGCCUAUUGAUGAAGUUAUAGAUGACCAGAGAAAAAAUAUUAACAGUGUGAAGGAAUUAACUCGACAAAAAAAUAGAGAGAUUAUGAGACGAUUAAUUGAUAUCACUGUUUGUUUAGGUAUUGGUGGUAAGCCAUUCCGAGGACAUACAGAAAGUAAAAAUGAUGUUCAUAAAGGUUUAUUCUUAGAUAUACUCAUUUAUAAUUUUAUUGAAGGCAGCUGCGUUAGACAUGCAGUAUUGGAGAAAAUUGCCAAUUCAGUUAACAUAAAAUUAAAAACGUUGAAGUCAGUUUCUACAACACGAUGGGCUUGUCGCUACGAAGCCGUUAGUGCGGUCAAAGUAAAUUACUCAGCUCUACUUAUUGCCAUUAAUGAAAUUUCAGAAUCCACUAGACAAGCUGAUAUUCGUGCUAAAUGUUUGGGGAUUAUUUACCAAAUGAAAACUUUCGAGUUUGUUUUUGCGUUGGAAAUGCUGGAGCCUAUAUUAUGUUCAAUAUUAAAAGUGAGUUCAUAUUUGCAAAAAUCUGAUAUUAAUUUAUUAACAGCAGUUCAGUUAGUUGAAUCAUUGAAAAAGACACUGAAAACUAUGAGAAAUAUUGAAUCUAAUUUCAAUAAUAUUUACAAAAAAGUAUUUAAAUUAUGUGAAGAAAAUCAAAUUGUAAUACCACCAGUUAAAAAAAGAAAAGUUUCGAGUAAAGUUGAUUGUUUUUCUAAUACCCAACAUUUUAUGGAUACUAAAGAGGAAGAAAUGAAGAUUACAGUUUAUAAUGCAACAUUAGACCAAAUGAUUAAUGGUAUUAAUUUGAGAUUUAGCCAGGAAACUUUGAAUAUGAUAAAGAGUAUUUCCAAUGUACUAGAAUUAAAUGUUGACGACAACGAUAUCACCAUUUUAACUGAUGCCUUUGGUUUGGAAGCAGAAAUGUUAAAAAGUGAAAUAAGUCUACUUAAACAUACAGAUAAUGUACCCAAAAAUAAUAUAAAAAAUUGUGACACGUGGAUAAAAUGGUUAACAGAGUUUGGCAGUGGAAGGGAAACUAUAUUCAAUAAUAUAUUAAAAAUGCUAAAAAUAUUUGUUACUAUUCCUGUGACUAGUUGUUCUUGUGAAAGGGCAUUCUCAAAAUUAAGCUUAAUUAAAACAAAAUUACGUAGUACCAUGCAUCAAGAUCGACUAGAUGGACUACUCACCAUGUCAAUUGAACAGGAAUUAGCCUAUAAUAUUAACAUUGACGAAGUAAUAGAACAAUUUAAAAUAUUAAUUCCUUCUGAAAGAAGAAUGGUACUCUAA